GGAGGUUGAAGAGAUCAGAAAACGGUGGAAUAUAUUGGUAUUAAACUCAUGCGGACAAGUCUACGCAAGCGUACCGCGCAGCUAACAGGCAUUUCCGGCCUGCCUCCGCUUCCUUUUUCUUCUAAACAACCAAGAUGGUGAACGUACCCAAACAGAGGCGCACGUUCUGCAAGAAGUGCAAGGUCCACAAGCCGCACAAAGUCACCCAAUAUAAGAAAAGCAAGGAAAGGCAUGCGUCUCAGGGUCGAAGACGUUAUGAUCGUAAGCAACAAGGUUUCGGAGGUCAAACGAAGCCCAUUUUCAGAAAGAAGGCUAAGACAACCAAGAAAAUUGUGCUGAGGAUGGAAUGCACUGAGUGCAAGUACAGAAAGCAAAUCCCACUUAAACGUUGCAAACAUUUCGAGCUGGGAGGUGAUAAGAAGAGGAAGGGCCAGAUGAUCCAGUUCUAAACCUUGCGUUUAAGAUUGUAACUAUACAAACAAAAAAAUAAAAUAAAUCGUUCAAGAUUUGAAA